ACCUAGCAUGCUUUGCAUUUUCUGUCCCAUUUUUCCUGUGAUCCAUACCCCAUCAAUUUCCCAGCGGGGAAAUUUUAUAAACUUCCUUCCAAGUGCAGCCGUCUAUACAAAAACAGAGAGAGUGCCAUCCAACACAACAGCCUGUUGCUCGUACGCAUCCUUUGACUGGACCCGAGACCUUGAUAAGAAAACAUUAUGUCGGGAACACUAACUCUAUGUGUCUGCGACUACUGGAAACGGCGUCACUACUACAAACGCCUACCACUGGGCCCGUGCGCAGUCUCGACAACAGCUGAAGAAGUUGGGUCGGCUGCGGCACAUGAAGAAAAAAGGGAAUUGCGCCGCCUGCGGCUGCAGGUGGAUGCUAUAAAUGGCAACUAUUAUCUGCGAGAGUUUUUGCAGCAGCGGGUUCUGGCUGUGACGCUCCAGAACCAACACGGUGUGCAAUUAAUUUGGUUGGAACUCGAGCCACCGGAGCGGGAGACCAUUGAUUACAAGUUUGCCGACAUACUGGCCCACACCAUUUGGGAGCACAUCGAGGUGGAGAAUCUAAUGUCCUGGCUAUCCACCCUCGGCGGUGGCUUCUCAGCCCUAGGCGAGCAGUUCGGACGAUGCGCCGAAACGGCUGGCAAGAUCUCGCUGCAGCAGCUAAAGAUUGGUCUGCGGCUGGGCGAUCCCUUCCUACAGGCUCGCUGCAAGCUCUACUACAGUAUUUCGCUGAUACAGCGCGGCCAUUUGCGGGCGGCCAAGCAUCUGAUCCGGGAUCAGUAUCAGUUUGCAAGUGUCCAUCGGGAGAAGGAUCAGAGACUGGUGCGCAUGUGCCAGGGCAUUUGGCUGCGUCUACGAUACGAGUACGAGCAGCGGAAUCUGCGGCUGAAGCAGCCACCACCAUCCAAAACAGCAACACCAACCGCAAGGCAAUAGACCCCCUAGCCAAAAAAAAGAGAAGCUAAAAAAGAUACUCUACACUGUAAUCAAAA